AUGUCUGGUUGUUGUUCCUCCUCUUCAAACUCUGAUUCAUCACCAAAGCUUGCUUCUAAUUCAACCUUGUUAGUCCAACGCUCUUCGUCAUGCUCGUCCUCCUCUUCUAAACUAAUUCUAAGAUCAGUUUCUUCAUGCCAUGUUUCAGCCUCGCUGAUAUCGUCUUUUUCCCAUGAAUGUUGGCCGGAUCUUUCUUCAUCCUCUAGUUAA